CACUCUAUUUCACUUCACUCUUUUCUUCAGCUACGAAAACAGGGCAAGUUCAAGACAAGACAAACCCUUCAUUUUCAGUUCGCUUUUUCGACCGGAGAUGGAAAACAACAACAAUGUCUUGGCGGAGAUGAAGCCUAAGAAGCGUGCUGGACGUAAAAUCUUCAAGGAAACACGUCAUCCGAUCUACAGAGGAGUGCGAAGUAGGAACGGCGACAAAUGGGUUUGCGAAGUCCGAGAACCCAUUCACCAGCGCCGAGUAUGGCUCGGAACUUAUCCUACAGCGGAGAUGGCGGCACGUGCUCACGACGUGGCGGUGCUUGCUCUGCGCGGGAGAUCCGCGUGCUUGAAUUUCUCCGACUCAGCUUGGCGUUUGCCGGCGGCCGAAUCCACCGAUCCGGACACGAUCAGGCGCACGGCUGCUGAAGCGGCAGAGAUGUUUAGGCCUCCAGAGUUUAGUACCGGAAUUACGGUUUUGCCCUCGUCCGGUGGUGGUGAGCUUGACACAGUGGAGGAAGGAGAGGGAGUCGCGGGAAUGAUGAUGAGGCUUGCGGAGGAGCCGUUAAUGUCGCCGCCGAGAGCGUACGUCGACAUGAAUACGAGUGUUUACGUGGAAGAAGAAAUGGGUUACGAAGAGCUGUCACUUUGGAGUUACUAAAUUACGUAUUUAACGAUACGUAUAUUAAUGUAUAUAUGUAUGUAUGUAUGUCUCAUUUGUGAUGACCAAAUGGGUUUAAGAAGAUACUCUCUCGGGAGAUAAAAGGUUGGAAAAGAUUCUCGGAAUCUUUGGUGCUUGUGUUUUAUGUGUCUUUUUUAGUGAACCAAACCUUCGUUAUGAGGUUUUCUUUGCUUUCGUAUGUUUAAAAUAAAUGGGCUUAGAUAAGUAAAGAAGUCCAGUGCAAUGAGUCAUGUUGACUGUAUAUUUUUCUGGUUUACCUCCUCUAGGUACCAAAGUGUAUCAUCAUAAGUAUGUAAUGUUCAAAAAUGUAUUACAAAUUAAUGUAAAAUAAUUUUCAUAUU